UGAUGGUGAAGAAGUGGCCCAUUAAUGAAGCUCCUCUCCGGGGGUCUUUUCUGCUCCUGUCACCGCCGUCCAGCCCGCAGACGGGACAGAUCGGGAGAGGGGCAUGGAGGAGGCAGCAGCAGCCGCUUAGCACAGCUCAGCCGCGGGGGAAGGAGGAGGACGGGACACCGCGCUGCACCUGCCGAGGACCCGCAGAAGGCAGGCCGGGAGGGGACGAGGAACCAGCCGCUGCUUCCUCAACUUUUCAUCAACUCUCCAGCCUUGUGCGUAAAAGACGGGACCAUGCGUGCCGAGAACCAGGCAAGUCUCCUCUCCUGCGCCGAGGUGCUGUGAAGAGUUGGAGCAGCUGGGACAAAGUUUGGAAGAAGUGAGGCGGGUCUCUUCUGGGGACCGAGACUGAACCGAUCCCGUCCCGGCUCGCUCCGGUCCGGUCCGGUUCAGCCGAAUAAUGCCUCGCCCGGGGAGGAACACGUACAGCGACCAGAAGCCUCCGUACUCCUACAUCUCCCUCACGGCCAUGGCCAUUCAGAGCUGCCCGGAGAAGAUGCUCCCCCUCAGUGAGAUUUACAAGUUCAUCAUGGACCGGUUCCCCUACUACCGGGAGAACACGCAGCGCUGGCAGAACUCUCUGCGGCACAACCUGUCCUUCAACGACUGCUUCAUCAAGAUCCCCCGCAGACCGGACCAGCCCGGCAAGGGUAGUUUCUGGGCUCUGCACCCGAGCUGCGGCGACAUGUUCGAGAACGGGAGCUUCCUGCGGCGCAGGAAGCGCUUCAAGGUGGGCAGCAUGCAGGCCACGGACCCGCUGGCGCCCAGCAAGCCGCAAGACGCCGCGCACUACCUGCAGCAGCAGGCCAAGCUGCGGCUCAGCGCGCUGCACGCCGCCGCGCACCUCCCGCAGAUGUCGGGCGGGUACAACCUGAGCUCCGUGUCUCAGCCGUCCAGCUUCAAGCACCCGUUCGCCAUCGAGAACAUCAUCGCCAGAGAGUACAAGAUGCCGGGCGGUCUGGCGGCCUUCUCCGCCGCCGGGUACCCGCUCCACAACCAGCUGACCCCGGCCUGGCCGCACGUGUACGGCUCCGGGAUGAUGGACGGCGCGGCGCCUAUCUCCAUGGCCGCCAGCGACUACUCGGCCUACGGCAUGCCGCUCAAAUCCAUCUGCCACGGCGGGCAGACUCUGCCCGCCAUCCCGGUGCCCAUCAAACCCACGCCCGCCUCCUUGCCGGGCCUGCCCGGGCUGCCCGCACACAUCCCGGCUUUCCUCGCGAACUCGCCCCAGUCUCUGAGCCCCACGUCCCCGCAGACAGCCACGGGACAAAGCAGCCCGGGCGCGCCCGGCGAGGCGCUGCCCUCCUCGGCCUCGCUGCAGUCCGCGGUGGCGGUGCACUGACGGGAAGCAGGACUCUGUUUCUUUUUAUAAAAAAAACAAACAAACUGAUUUAAAAAAGGGAAAUGACAAACUCCUUCGACUCCAAAGCGGCGUUUCAUCUCCAGGACGCGAAUGCGAACAUGUGCGUUACUUUUAUUUCGGUGUUUUUAAUUUUUCUGGGACGAAAGGAACGGAUCCAUCAGAGCCUCCAGCCUAAACACGUUUUCCCAUCAUGCAGAUAAAAACAGCAGGUUGACCUCUGACCUCCGGUACCACGAUUACAGUCGUUUGUUUUUCCCGUGAAUCCGUUUAAUUUCUCCCAGAAACUGAGCUCCAUGGUUUUCCUUCACAUUCCUUCACAGCAGACUGACCGGGUCGAACGGCUCAGGUCGUGUGGUGACAAAUUAGUUCUCCGGGUCUUUUGUGUUCUCGGCCUUUUCUUCUCGGGCUGAAAGAAAAGUCGCAGAUUAAUGACUUCUGAAGAUCUGCUGUUUUUCUUUUCUGCUCCCGAGACAAAAGUGAAACCACAAAAGAAGAACAUUUUACCACUUGCAGGAUUUUUCUUCCAGAAAUACGAACUGACCCAAAAAAAACUCGACAGGAAAAUCCUGAUUAAAAAUGCAAAGCCGCAUUUGGCAAACCAAAUAAUCACCCAGUCGUUUUCCUUCUUUUUCUCUUUUCUCUUUUCUUUUCUAAUAACGGACACGAACAAUCGCAGAGAUGAGACUUGAAAUCAUAUAUUUAUGUCAGAGGUUCUGCACAGUUUAGAAAGAAAACCACUGGAGAUAUUUGACCAUGAAUGCGAGGAUCUACUGUCUCUGAUGCACUUUUUAAAAAAUGAAAUCUAGAUGUUUUUUAUUCAGUAGCUGAGAGCCGUGUUGGUUUAAUUUAAAGUUUUCUAAAAAGCUGUGGUGUUAAAACGAGCCGCCGUCUGUGUAUUUGUACUGCUGCAUGCUCCAACUGUCUGAAAAAAGAAAGAUA